AUGCUUGGAAACAUUGCCCUCGCAGCCGUGACCCUGGCGGCCACUGCCACGGCUCUGCCCACGCAUCAACUCACCUCUCGGGCCGUGGCGGAUCGCUACGUGUUCUACCGCGGCGACGGCUCUACCGGCGCCGGAUGGCCCGCGCAGUCCGCCUGGGGCAGCUUCGACGAGCUCUGGGGGGCCAACGAGCCCCUGAUGCGCCAGUCGUGCGGCUGGAACGGCUGGGGCGCGGACAACUCGGCGACGGAGAUUAGCAACAUCAAGAGCGCGAUCCAGCAGGUGUCUGGGUCGACGGGCGUGGACUCGCGCUUCAUCCUCGCCGUCAUGAUGCAGGAGAGCAAGGGCUGCGUGCGCGCGCCGACGACCAACAACGGCGUGCGCAACCCGGGCCUCAUGCAGUCGCACAACGGGCAGGGCACCUGCGCGGGCGUGAACCCGUGCCCGGCGUCGCAGAUCACGCAGAUGAUCAAGGACGGCGUGGCGGGCACAUCGUCGGGCGACGGGCUGCAGCAGACGCUGGCGCAGGCCCGCGGCGCGACCGGCGACAGCGGCAGCCGCUCCUUUUACGCGGGCGCGCGCAUUUACAACAGCGGUUCCGCCGACUACAGCAACCUCAACAACGGGCUCGGCAGCACGGCCUGCUAUGCCACGGACGUGGCGAACCGCCUGACCGGGUGGACGCUUGCCGCCAGCAACUGCCAGGCAUGA